CCAGUGAUGGAGCUCAGAGGCGGCAGCGUGGAACUGCCCUGUCAUUAUAAAACCUCCGUGGACAAAAACUUUGUGCUGGAAUGGAGGUUCGCCCCUGGAUCAGCCUCUCCCGAGAGCGGGAAACAGAUCCUCUACUUUGCCAAUAAUGUUCUGUACAAACCAGGCUCUCAGUCCGAACGGCUACACCUUGUUCAUGACCCUCCCACGCUGGGCGAUGCAUCCAUCCAACUGAGCAAUAUACACACUUCCGAUGCCGGCUCCUAUAUCUGUGAGGUGAACAAUCCUCCAGACUUCUACGGCACCAGCUCCGGCCUUGUCCAGUUCACAGUCUUAAUGCCCCCCUCGACUCCGGUUUGCCAAGGGACCACUUUUGCUCCCGUGGGGUCAGAAGCCAGGAUGACCUGCAACGCUUCAGAAGGUGUGCCUGCCCCAAUUUACUCCUGGACCCGGACAGAUCCCAAGACUCCCCUUCCUACGACCAACAUGGUGCAAAAUGGCAAAACCGGGACCCUGCUGCUCACCAACGUCUCCCUUGAGUUCUCUGGGACAUAUCAAUGUGUGGCGUCAAACGAGUUUGGACAACAGAGCUGCCAGUUAUCCCUCAAAGUGACAGAUCCAGCCCCGGGGGCGAUUGCUGGAGCCGUUAUUGGGACCCUCUUAGCUCUGCUUCUGCUCGCAGCGUUAGUGAUCUACGUCUUACGCUACAGAAAGCAAAAGACAAAGAAGAAAUCGCAGUCCAUAUACAGUGGGAAUGAAAUAAGGUGAGAUAAAUGGCCUCUUGGCUCUUCUCAGGUUGUCCAACCAAUUAAUAUUGAUACAGGUUCGUUCC